UCCCGGGGAAGGCAAGGGGCUAGGCAGGAGAGGAGCCGGGAGCGGAGCCCCAGCUGCCCAGCCUGGCGCUGUCCGUGUCGUCCCCCCCUCCCAUCCCACCCGGUGCCGUCCCGUGCGGUCCGGAGCUCCGGCGGCCCAGGCUGGGCAGGUAAACCCAGUUAUCCCUGGAUCCUCCUCGUCUCAGCCAAGAUGCCAACGAGACGCUGGACACCAGGCACUCAGUGCAUCACCAAGUGUGAACACAUGAAGCCCAAGCCAGGGGAACUGGCCUUCCGCAAAGGCGAGGUUGUCACCAUCCUGGAGGCCUGUGAGAGCAAGAGCUGGUACCGGGCUAAGCACCAUGACAGUGGCCAGGAGGGGCUGUUGGCAGCUGGAGCCGUUCGGGAGCGAGAGGCCAUCCCCACUGACCCCAAGCUCAGUCUCAUGCCGUGGUUCCAUGGUAAGAUCUCGGGGCAGGAGGCAGUAGCUUUGCUGCAGCCAGCAGAAGAUGGGCUCUUCUUGGUCCGGGAGUCUGUUCGGCAUCCAGGCGACUAUGUGCUGUGUGUCAGUCAUGGCCAGGAGGUGGUCCACUACCGAGUGCUGCACCAUGGUGGACGACUGACCAUUGAUGAGAGUGUCUCCUUCUACAACCUUAUUGACAUGAUUGAGCAUUACAUGAAGGACAAGGGGGCCAUCUGUACAAAGCUAGUGAAACCCAAGAGGAAACAUGGAACCAAGUCAGCUGAGGAGGAGCUGGCCAAAGCUGGUUGGUUACUGAACCUGCAGCAGCUGACCCUCGGCAGCCAGAUUGGGGAGGGGGAGUUUGGAGCUGUGUUGCAGGGGGAGUACCUGGGCCAGAAGGUGGCGGUGAAGAACAUCAAGUGUGACGUCACAGCGCAGUCCUUCCUGGAUGAGACUGCCGUCAUGACGAAGAUACAGCACAAGAACUUGGUGCGGCUGCUGGGGGUCAUUCUUCAUCAAGGGCUCUACAUUGUCAUGGAAUACAUGAGCAAGGGUAAUCUGGUGAAUUUUCUUCGGACCCGAGGCCGUGCCCUGGUCCACAAAGCACAGUUGCUGCAAUUCUCCUUGCACGUAGCUGAGGGCAUGGACUACUUGGAGGGUAAGAAACUUGUACACCGAGAUCUGGCUGCUCGCAACAUCCUUAUCUCUGAGGAUCACGUGGCCAAAGUCAGUGACUUCGGUCUGGCUAAGGCUGAACGACGGGGCCUGGAUACCAGCCGGCUUCCUGUCAAGUGGACUGCACCUGAGGCCUUGAAACAUGGGAAAUUCUCCAGUAAGUCAGACGUCUGGAGUUUUGGAAUCCUUCUGUGGGAAGUGUUCUCCUAUGGCCGGGCUCCAUACCCCAAGAUGUCUCUGAAGGAGGUGUCUGAAGCUGUGGAACAGGGUUACCGAAUGCAGCCCCCAGAGGGCUGUCCUGCCAGUGUCUAUGCCCUCAUGGGCAGCUGCUGGGAAGCAGAGCCUACACGCCGUCCCACCUUCCGGAAACUCUUGGAGAAGCUGACCAAGGAGCUGAGAAGCACAGCAACAGAGCCUGUCCCUGAGGGAAGCUCAGCUGGACCCCAAAGCCUCCAAGAACCUUGACCCUCUCAUCCUUGUGUCCCCAGGGCUGCAAAUCAGACUCUCUGGCUAAAAGACUCCCUGGAACCUUGCCCAGCCCAACCCCUUUGGGGAUUGGAAAGAGACUGGAGAAGGUCAAAAUGUUUUCUCUUAUCUCUUCUCCUACCCGGGUAAUUCCUGGACUGAGAGAGCCACCAAAACGGGGACUGGAUCUGGGUGGGAGAGUGCAUGGGGUGGGGAAUGUAGAGCUGCACUACAGUCUAUACACACCCCACCCCACCCCGCACUUUCCUCACUUGUCCCCACUCCCCACCAAAUCUGUGGUGCAAUCUGGCCUUGGUUUCCUUGGGCUACAGUCACUGGUGUGCUCUCAAUACCUUCUUGGGGAAUAGUCAGGGGAUGUUGAUAUGGAGAUGCCCCCAGUUGGCCUGUAGAUAUCAAGAAGUCUAACGGAGUCUGGCAAAUUUGGGAGACAGAGAUAAAAGGACAUGGAGGCUUUAUUAUUCUGAGAA